AUGUACAAGAUGACAGGCGCCAAUAGAAUAGUACAACCAACAUCCCCUUCUCCGACAAACCCAACAAUGUCGUUGGAAAAUUCCCCAUCGCCAAGAAAUGGUGGCAUAGAUGACGACUCUGGCAUCCAGUUUAAAAACUAUACAGUCAACAAUCCUCCAGUUUUCCCAUCAUCUGAACACCAUGAUCCUCUAGUGACCCCGAGCCAUUAUCCUACCCCAAAUCACACCCCAAUUCCUCAACCAAAUCUCUCAUACCCUCCCUCUGCCGUCUUGUCAAAGUCAUCCUCGUCGCUCUCUCCACCAACAGGACAAACUCUCAACUCCUCACAGCCGGUACAGAGAGACCCUCCUUCAAGAGGUAGCCCGCCAGCUCCUCGAAGGACAUCUGUCACUGCUUCUAAUUUGGCAAAACAAAUUGGCGAUUUACUACCUCCGAAUAUCCAAAGAGAUGCCAAUGGGUAUCCAAUACUGUCACGUGAGUUUGUUGUCCGACGAAUAAGUGAAGGAGAAACAGGCAGGCUUAAGGAGGAGCUGAAAUGUGAAGCUUGCGGUAAAGGCUAUAAGCAUAUCACGUCACUAGCUAAACAUUUAUGGGAACAUACCGCAGAAUGGCAAACCACCAAGAAGCUACUCAUUAGCAAGCACCAACAGGCACAACUAUUAGAAGCAGCAAGUAUAUUGUGCAGCGUCAGUGAGAGAGAGUCCGUUAAUAGUUCCUCGAACGUCCACUCAGUCCCAGUGUCAUCAGCACCAUCAGCAUUAACAUCAAAUACUACUACUAAUACUACUAACCCUAAGGCUGCUACUACUGCUGCUACUACCACUACCACUACCACUACCACUUUGAACGCUCCAGUUUCAAGACAGCAUGCAUUCAACGAUUACUCACCUUUUGACAAGGAUCAUAACAAAUUGGUGCCUGUUAAUGAACACGGGAACUCUGUGGUCUCGUUAGCAACGAGGCGCAAGAGUAAAACGGAGUACACAAAGGCAGGUAAGUUUGGAGGUAAGAGGAGAUCCAAAUCAUUUGUUAUUCAAAAUCAACCCGUGCCUUUGAACCAAUCCCAGGCCUUGAGCCCCCUCCGCAAAAUGAGCGGGAUGGAGAUCCACGAUGAGUCGGAUAUGGGCAUGUCGUCAAGAAGAAACAGCACUUCUGCUAACCCCCCUAUUGAUUUGCGCCGCCCAAGCGUGCAUUCCAUGAGACCUAGUUUCGGUGUGUCGGUAUCGAGACGUGGGUCUCUUCUGGGCUCCUUGAUCAAGGAGGAGCCAAAGAGCGAAAGCUCUGGUGCAAUCUAUGAUUCGGAGGAGGAAGAUUAG